AUGGCCUUCCUCUGCGAGCUGCGCCGGGCGCUGCGCUUCGUCGAGGAGAAGCCCAAGGCGCGCCACAGCGCGUCGCUGCCGGCGACGAAGGUCGAGGCGACCCUCGUGUCCGAGGCCGUGCUGGAGGCCCGGUACGAGCGGCUGAGGGCGGACCUCCGGCGGCGCGACGAGGCGUCCUCGCGCGACCUCGAAGAGCGCGAGGCGGCGAGCCUGCGCUUCGACGAGGAGAUCUACAAGCUGCGGGCGAAGAACCUGGCGAACCUCGAGGAGACGGAGCGGGCCAUCGCGAAGCUCAAAGUCGACGCGGCCGCGUCGCUCGCGGAGGCCGAGGCCCUCGAGCGCGACGCCGAGGAGGCCUGGGGCGACGUCGGCGCGCCGCCGGCCGACGGCGCGCGGCAACCGUCGCCGGCGGGCGACGCCCUCGACCGGCUCCGCGCGCUCGACCUCUGCUCCGAGCGGAAGCCGUCGCCGGCCGCGCCGCGCGCCGCCGCGCCGCCGCCGCCGCCGCGGGGCGGGCCCGACGGCCGCAGCGCCAUGGACGUGCUCCGCGCCCUCGACCGCGCGGCCCUCGACGACGACUCCGGCGACUCGAGCGACGCGUCGUCGGAGGGGUCCGCGCCGCCGCCGCCGCCGCUGACGCCGCCGCCGCUCCACUGCAUGCCCGCGGCGCACCUCAGCUUCGACCGCUCGCCGUCGCCGCCGCCGCCGCCCGACGACGAGGGAGCGCCGCACCCGCCGCCCGACGACGAGGGAGAGCCGCGCCCGCCGCCGGACGACGAGCUCGACGGCAUCGUCUUCGAGAGCAUCGACGAGUACCACGAGUCGCACGCUCGCGAGCCGCCGCCGCCGCGCGCGCCGCCCGUGGCCCUGCCGCCGAAGCGCCGCACGAGCGACUUCUUCGAGCGCCUCUGCCCGACGCACGGCGCGCCCUACUACGAAUCCGCGGCGACGGGCGAGUCGUCCUGGGACCACCCGGCGGCGGGCGUCGUCGAGCGCGUCGACGCCGACUCGGGCCACGCCUACUUCCUCGACGCCGCGACGGGGCGGACGGCCUGGGCCAUCGAGGACCUGUACGGAUCUGCUCUCCCGGGCGCCACCCAGCUCGUCGGGCCGCGCGCGUCGUCGAAGUUCGCCGCGCGCGCCAUCCGCGGCGCCGCGCGCGAGGUGCUGUCGGCCAUGAAUUUCAUCAAGCGCACGUCGAUCACGGCCAAGCACAUGUACAAGCACAAGACCUUUGGCGGCGGCGGUUCCGAGGAGGUCAAGGACGAGGCCCACGAGGCGGCCAUGGCGGCCCAGGAGGACUACGAGAAGCGCGUCAAGACCCUGGUGGCCAUGACCAUGGACGCGCGCGCGCAGCUCGCCGAGGUCUUCCUCCAGCUCGGCCACGGCGCGCAGUGCGCCGUCGAGCUCGCGGGCGCCGAGGUCGACGUCGGCCUCGCGGGCCAGGCCAUUGGGCUCCAGGGGUCCGCGGAGCCGGACCCGGCGCGGCUUCAGGCGCUCCUCAACGGCACGACGCGCGCGAAGGUCACCGCGGGCAUGAUGCAGGAGGCCUUCCACGGGUCCUUUGGGGAAGGAUUGCAGGAGGCGCUGCUCACGCCUUUGGAAAGCGAGCUCGAGCUCUUCGAGAAGACCAAGGAGGCCGUCGCGAAGAAGCUCGAGGCCGCGUUGGACGCGCAGCACUACGCGCAGAAGGUGCGCAAGCUCUCCGAGUCGGGCAAGGACAAGGACAAGGACAAGCUCGAGUCGAACUCCGCCAAGGCCGCGGCCGCGACCAAGGCCGACGACGAGGCGCGGGCCGCGCUCGACGCCGCGCUCGGGGCCCACGACGCCGCGCGCCUCGAGCUCCUGAGCCGCCGCGUCGGCGAGCUCAAGGGCAUGCUCCACCGCUUCUGCGAGCGCGUGCUCGAGGCGCUCGCCGCGCCGGACAUGGAAAUCGGCCGCCGCGCGGACGCCGUGGAGCUCGACCGCUACAACAUCUACGGCGACGUCAACGUCGAGAGCGCCAUGGCCAAGCUCCAGAAGAACAUGAACGCCUUCACGCUCAAGUCGCGGAGCUCGACGGAGUCCGUGUCCAUGCGCAUGGCGCACAUGCAGAAGCACGCGAAGACGACGUUCCUCAACAAGAAGCCCGACGGCGACGACGCGGCGACGGAGGACCCCCUGGAGCUCGAGGUCAACGAGAUGGCGAAGCGCUACGACAAGGCCUUCGACCUGUUGGCGAAGCUCCGGGGCGCGCUCGCGGCGCUCCACGCGUGGUACGACGGCGGCUUCUCCGCCUUCGUCGGCGUCGCCGGCGAGCUCGCGGGCCUCGUCAAGGACGGCGACGGCGGCGGCGCGGCGGCGGCCGUGCUCCAGUUCCACGCGUCGCUCGAGGAGGUCCGCGGCUUCCUCGGUUCGGCGCUCCGCGAGCCCCUCGAGGGCCAGCUCCUCGGCGCGCUCGACGCGGGUCUGGACCAGUACCGGCCCCUGGCGACGGCGCUCAAGGAGCGCGAGGCGCGCGCGCUCGAGCGCGCGCACUACAAGGCCAAGGUCGCGACCCUCGAGGGGCAGACCGCGGCGCUCCACGCGAACGACAAGUCGACGGACAAGGCCAAGGCGGCCCACGACGAGCGCGUCGCCCGGAACCGGGCCAAGGCCUUCGAGACCGACGAGCAGGCCCGGGCGGACUCCACGGCCUGCCGCGACCAGCUCUUAGCCUUCGACGUCUUCUUCAAGAACUCCGUGAUGAACCUCUGCGACCGCCUGCCGGCGCUCCAGCGCGACUUCUACGUCCAGUUCGGCGCGACGGUCGUCGGCGCCAUGAAGCUCGACGCGUCCGUGGCCUCCGUGCAGGACACGGCCGCGGCGGCGAAGCUCGAGGCGCUCAUGGCCGCGGGCGUCGUCGUGCCCAACGCGGGCAUGACGCUGGACCCCGGCGCGGCGGCCCAGGCCGUCACGGCGCAGUUCGACUUCGCCGAGGUCCAGGCCGGCGACCUCGGCUUCAAGGUCGGCGACCUCAUCCUCACGGACGAGGCGGCCUUCAACGCCGCCGGCGCGUCCGGCGGCUGGAUCACCGGCGAGCUCAACGGCAAGUCCGGCUCCUUCCCGUCCAACUACGUCGCGCCCUAG